CAUGUUUACUCGUCAAGCAAGUUGUCGUCGCCUUGCUUUUCUCUGAGGAUUAAAACUAGAAACUGUUUUUAUUGACUUCGGCACUUGUGACAUUUAAUGAUGAACUUGCUUUUCUUCUUUCUCCUAGUUGUACAAACACACAGCGUGACGCCUGUGAUUCAUUCACUCAAGUAUUUCCGCACUGCAUCCUCUCAAGUUCCAAACUUCCCAGAGUAUGUGAGUGUUGGUUAUGUUGAUGGAGUUGAGAUUAGUUACUAUGACAGCAACAUCAGGAAAGCAGAAUCCAAACAGGACUGGAUGAACAAAAUCACAGCAGAGGAUCCAAACUACUGGCAGAGACAAACAGAGAACAAUGUUGUUAGAGAACAUGUCUACAAAGACAACAUUGAAACACUUAAGAAGCGUUUCAACCAAACUGGAGGUGUUCACACUUACCAGAAGAUGUCAGGAUGUGAAUGGAAUGAUGAGACUGAUGAGGUUAAAGGUUGGCAUCAGGAAGGUUAUGAUGGAGAAGAUUUCAUAUCGUUGGACAUGAAGACAUGGACAUUUACUGCAGCAAAACAACAAGCUUUCCCCUCCAAACUCAAGUGGGACCAAGACAUAUUUAGACUAGACUACUAUAAGUAUUAUUACACUGAGGAAUGUCUUUCUUCCUUGAAGAAGUAUGUGGAGUAUGGGAAGAAGGUCCUAAUGAGAACAGAGCUUCCAGAGGUGUUCCUCCUCCAGAAGACGCCAUCCUCUCCGGUCACCUGCAUGGCGACAGGUUUCUACCCCGACCUAGCCGACUUGUUUUGGAGGAAAGACGGCGAGCAGAUCUUCGAGGACGUGGAGCACGGAGAGCUGCUCCCCAACCACGACGGAACCUUCCAGAUGUCGGUGGACCUGAAAGUGGAGGUGACGGCCGAGGUGGAGGGCAAGUACGAAUGUGUGUUCCGGCUGUCUGGCGUCAAGGAGGACCUGGUCACCAAGCUGGAGAGAAGAAGCAUCCUGAGCAACGCAAGCCAUGAAGGCAACGUGAGCGUCACUGCCACGCUGGCGGUCCUCGCUGUGGUGGUCCUCCUGGCGGCCGGCAUCUUCAUCAUCAUCUUCAUCAUCAAGCGUGGCCGAAGCAGACAAGCCGAAUACGAUCCAGCUGGAUGCUUUGUGCACUGGAACACAGAGAGAUGUCUCCAUCGCUGAGGGACGUCAUCACACUUGGACAUUUCUUUCACAUCUGCACUAAUUGCUCCUCAUCUCAUCUGAUGUCUUCUUUGGGUGUUUAUGGCUGAGAAAACACCUUCAAGCUACAUUUUUCAACAAUAUUUUGCCAGUGAAUCAUGUUGAUGUUGAUCUUUGUGUCCAUUUAGUUGUGAUGUCAUCAUUUGGGGCUCACGUGUCAUCACAUUGACAAGGAUGUCUUCUUUCCUUUUCAAACCAAUAGACAGCUGCUUAUCAGUGAAUAUCACCUUGUGUCACAUGUCAUCAUUAUUUUUACAAAUAUUGUGGAACAAUAGCACCAUUUUUCGGUACUUUUUUAUGUUAAUGUUAAUUGUUUGAUAAUCAAUUUUUUGUUGUAACAUUUAAGAAUGAUGAUUAUGAGAACUGCUGUCCAGUUGUUGUAUCUUGUUUUCUGGUUACAUUAGUCUCCUUUGCAUUGCAGUUGCACUUCCAAGACCAUUAGAUGGCAGCACUGUAUAACUAUUUAUGCUAUGUUGUCAAACUAGAAAGUAGCUUUUUUUCAGGAAGAUUAAUUUGUUAGGUUGCACCCUACAAAGUGUCAAUACUGUAAGUAUUGUCCUCAUUACACAAAUCUGUAAAAUUCUAAUUAUAAUAUUAGUUAUCGUUUCCUUUACCAAAUCAAAGGUGUUGAAAUCGCCAUGUAAAAUCACUCAUGCUAAUAGUCGCCUGUCUAUGGCUAAUCCUAUGUAAAUUAGCAUUAAGCUAGCGCAUUUUGAAAGAGUGUAGCAUUACUUUACGUUUGAGCGUAUUUUUUAUUAAGCACACUUUGUUGACGUUGAAAAUGGCAAGGUGACUUAGAGGGAGUUUGGCUGAGUCCGGCCUGAGUGCUGCUUGAGUGAUUGUUUACGUGUUUAGUCUGAAACCAGACAUGACCAGUCUGAAACCGGACAUGACGUCACAUGCAACAAAGGUAUCGAACUACGGCACCGUUUGAUUUUAUGUGAAUUUAUAGGACCGAGGGAAUUCGGUCAUUACCUACAAAAGUACUGAAUUGGGUAGCCAACCCUACCAGUUAGUGUGACGGAGGGGGACAGUGACACAAGAUUUUUAUGACAAAGCGUUGUAAAAUGUUUAUAUUUUUUUAAACAAUUUGCGUUUUUUUCCUUUCCUUUUUGCAUAGUCAUAUUUUUGCUUGAUUGCCAAACAUGCCGAGGAUGUCAUUUGGGAAGUAAACAAGGUAGGCCGUUCCUAUACUCUUGAUAUUCAGUGUUUUAU